CAAGAAAAAAAGCGUUUUGGGGGAGGGGAGGGGGAAGGUAGCGUCAUAGUGAUACAUUGAUACUGCAACAAUGUGAAGAGAACUGGAGGAGAUUAUUGAAACAUAAAAUGGAGGAAACAAAGAAGCACACAUGCUUGAAGCUCUUGAUUCCAGUUAACAGCACAGAAGGAGAACCCAUCUUUGUCAAGGGAACUUGGUUCCCCACCCGCUUCGACCUUGCCAUCACCGAUGGCUUCAACGCCUGGUUCUGCAACGCUUCGGAGGAGGAGGUGAACCAGCGUGCUUCUCAGUGGGACCAACCAGUUUCGGAGUAUGUGGAGUUGGCUGAACGAUACUUAGGGUUUCAGCAACCUGGUUCCGUUUAUGACUUUGCUGAUGCUGGUGAUGGCCAUAAAAGGUUGUCAUGGACAUUUGAGAAGGAAGGUAUGACUCUUCAAUGGAGAUGGAAAUGCAAGCAGUCUCCUAACUGUAAAAAAACUACUGCAGAAAUCUUGGACUUUCUCAUGGAUGCAAACAUAACACUUAGUGAGGAAGUUAUUCGGAAAAAUGAAUUGUAUGAGAACAUGAAAGUGGAAGCUGAAAAAUGUUUAGCCCAAAGUGAGAGAGUCGCCAAUGAGAAGGCUGAAUUUGAAGCGCAAAUCUAUACAAAGAUCUUGAAUCUGCUUGUAUUUAUUUUAGUUUCUGGGGGUCUUAAAUUCCAAGAAAUCAAAAUUGAGAGAGCUUCGAGAUCAGUUGUCAAAACAAGACACUGCUAAGAGAUCUCCUCAAGUGGAAGAAGACACAGACAAAACCGAAAGUUUUGAUGAAGAGAGCUUCGACAAUAGCGAUGAAGAUCCACAGAAGGAUGUUACUGCCUCCUCAAAGGAUGUUUUAAAAAAUAAGCCUUCUCGUCAAAAGAGAACUAGACUCACAUGAAUUAAUAUUAUCUGCAAAAUCGAGAGUAUGUUUCCAAAUUAGUCCUAGAUCAUCAUGCAUCCCUUUUAAUCUGUGCCUCUUUUUGCUUUCUCGUGUACAGGCUUAUGUAUGUAGAAGUCCUUCAAAAUGCUUCUAGAGACUUGAUUUUUUCCCGUAAAAAAUUACAAGUUAUUAUAAAAUAGUUUAAGGGCUUACUUAUUCUAAAUUCUAAAAUCUGUUUGAAGAGAGACGGAAAGAAAAGGCUUGAGGAGGAAAUUCGGUACCCAAAACCUUAACUCAAAAGUACGCCCUAAUGCAACAUUAUCCUUUGUCUAAUAGCAUGAUGCAUGUUACUUAAGGAAGCUUUUGGUUAGUGGAUGUGUCUACUCACGACAUAGACAUGGUGGUAUAACUCUAUUGUUUGGUUAGUUAAGACAAGAAAUAAGACACGAGUGGAUUUGUGUACCACGUUAGAGUUGAGACAAAGACAUAAGAUGCGUUUUUUAAAAUUUCAAGUUUGUCUUCUCCACACUCCUCUUCCCACUUUCUCUUCUCCCUUUGCACUCUUUUUUCCUCCCUCCUUUCUCCUCUCUCUUGUUAGCCCUCUUCCCACGAUGAAGGAAGCUCUCAGAUCUGGUUUGUUGUCUCUACCGCUGGUCUCAUCCCGCCACCAUUGUUGCUGAUCUGGCAACACAACUGUGGGUGUUGGGUCUUGUUGCUAUCAUUUCUUACUCCGACUAUCACCUCUAGCUUCUCCUCAACUUCUUUUAGCUCAUGAUUGUGACUAAUUUGCUUUGCCUUUGCCUUCGCCUCCGUCGCUUUUCGGCUAUGUCGCUUUUCUCCUCUGUCGCCUUCAACUUCCCCUUUCUCCGAUCUGUGCUAUGUUGUUGAGAUUUGCCCCCAUCUUGAUUUCUAUCUCAGUGUUGAUCUACCCCCUUUAUGUUCUCUUUUUUUUUCUUGUUGAAAAAUAAAUGGUGAUUGUUGUGAAAUGCUUUAGCUGUUUUUGGUGAUUGAUUUCUGAUAAACUGUAGAUGAUGAUGAAUUUAUGGUGGUAGAUGAUUUAUAUAUUUUUUCAUUGUUUUAUGAGAAAGUUUAUUGUAGGGGAUAAUAUAGACACACUACAAUUUGAUUGUGUUAUGUUCAUUGUUUUACUAAGGACAAUAUGGAGAGUUCGAUGUUGAAAAGUUAAUUGGAUGAAGAGUGAAAAAAUUUAU